AUGUCCGUAAGUUGCAAAGGACAUUUCAAAGAGUAUUGCAAGAAUUGUACUUUUGCCGGUCUCUCGCACAUCGCUGACGAGUCCAAGCACUGGGUGGAACGAUGGUUCUGGGUGGUGUUGGUGGUUCUCUCGUGGUACGGGUCUGCUCUGCUCGUGCGGUCAGCGUGGUCAGCGUUCGUGAACAACCCCAUAAGCUUCGGCGUGGAGACUGUGUACACAGACUGGGACACAAAGCUGCCCGCGGUUGCUGUCUGCGAGGCAUCCAAUGAUCACAAGAUCUAUGAUGUUUCUGAUGCAAUCUGGACGCCAGACCAUUUACUAGAUCUAGAAGAUGUACUGAAGGACAUCGUGUACUUCCGUGGGUCGGCGUACAGCUUCUCCGGUGUCUGCACUCAAACUCGAACACCGGACCCCCAAUGUCCUGUAUCCAAUUUCACCCACUACGUAAAUCUUGUACGAAGCUCUUGUCAGGAGAUGAUGAGGAAUUGUUCUUUUGGCAAAAGACAGUUCGACUGUUGCGAAUACUUCGUUCCAAUAGAAACGGAUAUGGGAACUUGUUUCGCGCUGAACUCUCUGCAAGUAGAGAAACCCAAGUUAUAUCCAAUGGUGUUCAACGUGAACCAGAAGGAGGGAGUUCUUAACUUUGAGGUACUAUUGAAUUCCAUGCUCUACACUCUGGGAGAAGAUGAAGUACCCACGAUCACAACCAUUUUUUCUUCGACGUUGAAACUGGCUUUAGGAAAGAAUUACCAGAGACAAGUGGUGGUGAGAAACAUCGAGAACGACCCACUCACCGCUGAGACCACGCCAGAGCAAAGAGCUUGCCGGUUCCACGACGAGAACGACGACGGCCUCUACCCUGUCUACUCUUACAGCUCUUGCACUGUUCAGUGCCGCAAGCGGCAGCAAAUGCAGCUGUGCGGCUGCAACGACCACUUUAUGAUCGGAACAGGUGAAGGAUUGUAG